AUGCACAAGCUCCUCCCCCGCGCCGCCUCCGUCCUCGACGCCGCCGCCGCGGCCCCCCUGCUUCUCUCCUCCCCGCGCAUGCCCGCGCUGCACCUGGCCUGCAGCUCCUUCCUAGCCGCGCGUCCGGGCGCAAACCGUAGCCGCACCCGCUCCCCGCAGUGGUUGCACUGUGAUGGCGCGAGGAGGGGAAUCUGCUCCGCCGAGGCGGCGAGGCGCGGGGGCGAUACGGAGGAGGGGGAGAAUGGUCGCGCGGUGCCGGAGAGGAGGCAGCGAGGUCGGAGUGAUGCGCUGGCGGGAAGUGGGGAGCUGCUUGCCAUUCCCGGGGUGGGACCGCGGAACCUGAGGAAGCUCGUGGACAAGGGAUUCGAUGGCGUCGCGCAGCUCAAGCAGCUCUACAGGGAUAAGUUCUUUGGCAAGUCUAACGAGAAGAUGGUUGAAUUCUUGCAAAAUUCAGUUGGCAUCAUUCACAAGAACCAUGCUGAGAGUAUAACCUUGUUCAUUAAAGAGAGUGUUGAUGAAGAGAUGAAAGGCACCGAUACAUCUAAGCUUCCUAAAAGGAGGCUGACCUUUUGCGUGGAAGGGAAUAUUAGUGUUGGAAAAACUACCUUCCUUCAAAGAAUAGCCAAUGAAACUAUUGAAUUACGUGACCUUGUAGAAAUAGUACCUGAACCUAUUGCCAAGUGGCAGGAUGUAGGCCCUGAACACUUCAAUAUACUUGAUGCUUUCUAUGCUGAGCCAGAGAGGUAUGCAUACACCUUCCAAAAUUAUGUAUUUGUGACUAGGGUCAUGCAAGAGAAGGAAUCUGCAAGUGGAAUAAAACCUCUCCGGCUGAUGGAAAGAAGUGUUUUCAGUGAUCGAAUGGUUUUUGUUCGUGCUGUCCAUGAAGCAAACUGGAUGAAUGAGAUGGAGAUCAGCAUCUAUGACUCCUGGUUUGACCCUGUUGUAUCAUCACUCCCAGGUCUUAUCCCUGAUGGUUUUAUUUAUCUAAGAGCUAGUCCUGACACUUGCCACAAAAGAAUGAUGGUACGGAAAAGAUCAGAGGAGGGUGGCGUUACUCUUGAUUACCUUCGAGGUUUGCAUGAGAAACAUGAGAGCUGGCUGCUUCCUUCCAAGGGAGGAGGUUCUGGUGUUUUGUCAGUCAGUCAGCUUCCAGUUCAUUUGGAGGGCUCCCUGCCUGCGGAUAUACAGGAUAGGGUAUUUUACUUGGAAGGAGAUCACAUGCAUUCUAGUAUCCAGAAGGUUCCUGCUCUGGUGUUGGAUUGCGAACAUGACAUUGAUUUUAACAAGGAUAUUGAAGCCAAAAGACAAUACGCCCGGCAAGUUGCGGAGUUCUUUGAAUUUGUAAAGACAAAGAAGGAAUCUUCAACAGCAGAGACGAUUGAUGGUGAUAAUAAGAGUAUAAACAAGCAGAUUAUGCUUCCUAGCAGAGGUGGCUUGUGGGUACCUGGAAACAGCCCUCUACCAGAAUCAGCUCUGAAGUCCUUUGAUUUCAGGAGGACAAUGUCUUCCUUCCACUCAACGUAGGGGUGUUUAACGUCUGAUAUGUGCCAUCAGUUUGUGCCCACGACCUGAACUCACGUGGUGCAUCAACACACCUCGACUGCAGAAUAUAUAGGAUCUUUUAACUGACGACCUUGUAAAUGUCUAAAGGUUACAUGCAAAGUUAGGGUUUUGGCUAGUGCUAGCGUGCGAUGUAUAGUUGGUAUCCAACUCUGUUUGCCUGUAAAUGAUCAUCGGACUGCUUACGUGACAGUAUAUACUUGUGCUUUGGGCCUUUGGGGUGGCAUCACUUGUGCGGAACUUUGUCUUUA